AUGGAGGCGAUGCGCAGAAAGAUCAUCGAGGAGCAGCUGGCGGCCAUCGAGCAGGCAAAGCGUCAGCAGCAGGAGCGCCAACAAUCCACGACCGCCUCGUCAUCCUCCUCCUCUUCGGCCGCCAAUCCGGCCGUCACAUUGCUGCCCCACCGCAACAAGCACGCUCCUCCGCCCAAGUCGCAGUCGCAGUCGCAGUCGCAAUCCGUAGCAGCAUUCGGCGGCGCUGGCUCAGGCGUUGGCUCUCGCACAGAUCCCAUCGUGUUUGGCGAGUCGUCACCCAUCGGCGCCACGCGAUCCAAUCCAUUCCAGUCCGCUGCUGUCAAGCCGUCAACCUCCGCGUCAUCUUCAUCUCGCGCUCCCGCUCGCCCUCCCGCAUCCGCAGCAACGUCGAGCUAUGCCGCAGCACAGCCCUUCCGCUCUCCCAACUCCAAAUCUUCCUACGCCCCCUUCAUCUCGCCUAGCAACACUCCUCCACCACCACCACCACUCCGCAACAAUAACCCUUUCUACCAUUCGCCCCUCGCCUCUCCCUCCGCAUCACGCUCCAAACCGCUUCGUCAACCGUACGCCUACGACGACCACAUGCAGUCAAGCCCCGUGCACACCAUCUAUCCGGACGAUACAGCCGUAGGGCCCACCAUCGAUGCGGCCACGCGCGAAAGGCAAAUACGCGACCUUCUCUCAAACAUGGUCAACGUCACCCAGGUCUCGGACGAUGCAAAGACAGACGCACACGUACCGGGCCUCAAGUGCAUGCUCCUCCCGCACCAGGUGCAGGGCGUCGCUUGGAUGCGCGAGCGCGAAAAGGGCGCCGCCAAAGGUGGCAUCCUCGCAGACGACAUGGGUCUCGGAAAGACGGUACAGACGCUCGCGCUCAUCGUCUCGAACCGCCCGGGCAACGACAAGGCCACCAUCGAUCUAGACGUACCCGCCGAACCUACGAAGCGCGGCAAGAAGGCUGCUGCACCCAAGAACGCAAGCCUAGACGAAGCUCAAGACGAACUAGAGGACGCGGCACGCAAAGAGAUGCCCUCCAAGACGACGCUCAUCAUCGCACCGCUCGCCGUCAUCAAGCAGUGGGAGCGCGAGGUCACCGAAAAGACCGACGCAGGUCUCAAGGUGUACCUCUACCAUGGCCCUUCGCGAACAAAGUCCGCUGCGCACUUCGCCAAGUUCGACAUCGUCAUCUCCACCUACACCACGGUAGCGAGCGAGUACAACACCUACAUGGCUGCGCUCGAAGCACGUGCCAAGGGUGUGCCCCUCACCAAGCCUGCUGCCAAAUCCAAGUCCCGCACCGGCGCAAAGAGCAACGCACCACGCACCACGGCCGACUCGGACGCAGACUCGGGCUCAGACGCGAGCGUGGUGGCCAUCGACUCGGACGACACGGACGACUCAUUCGCACGCGCCCCAGCCAAGCCCGGCAAGCCCGCCAAGAAGGCGGCAGCGGCGCCGCUGUUCGACUUUUCCUGGCUGCGCAUCGUGCUGGACGAGGCGCAGAACAUCAAGAACCACAAGGCCAAGUGCUCGCGCGCGUGCUUCAUGCUCGCCGGCCGCGCCGUGUCGCGCUGGUGCCUCACGGGCACGCCGCUGCAGAACGACGCCUACGAGAUGUUUAGCCUGAUCCACUUUCUGCGCGUGCCGCCGUUCGACGAAUAUGCGCACUUCCGCGAAAAGAUCGGCGAGCCGCUCAAGUCGGCCAACCAGAACCGCGUCAACUGGGGCAUGAAGCGCCUCUGCUUUGUGCUCCAGACCAUAAUGCUCCGCCGCACCAAGGACGCCAAGGCCCAGGACGGCUCGCCCAUCCUCACGCUGCCCAAGCGCACGCUCCAACUCAUCGAGCUCGACUUCGACAGCGAUGCAGAGAGGCAGUUCUACCUAGGGCUGCAGGAGAGGAUCCGCAAGGCGUUUGAGGUCGAAAACGGAGGGCAGGGCAAGACCAACAUGAUCGCAUCGCUCGUGCUGCUGCUCAGGCUCAGGCAGGCGUGCAACCACCCGGCCAUGGUCACGGGCAAUCUGCGCACGGACGCCGGCGCCAUCGGGUCUGCGGCCGAGCCUGCGCCGGGCAAGCCCGCACCCAGCACGAUGGAGGCGGAGGAGGACGACGAUGACGGGCUGGCCGCGAUGCUGUCGGGCCUGAGCGUGGCGGUGAAGCGGUGCGAGCAGUGCCAGGUGGACCUGCCGCCGGGUGCCACACCCUCGACGCUCGACGCUGCACGCCGGCUGCUGUGUGCAGAGUGUACGCAGCUCGCGGCGUCGCACUCGCACGACCUCUUUGCCGCCUCGACGGGCUCGACCAAGAUCCGCAAGAUGCUGUCGCUGCUCACCUCGAUCCGCGCCGCGGACGCACGCGAGAAGACGAUCGUCUUUUCGCAGUUCACCUCGUUCCUCGACCUGGUCGAGCCGCACCUCUCGCAGCGUGGCUUUGGCUACGUGCGGUACGACGGCUCCAUGCGCCCCCCGGAGCGCGAGGCGGCUCUGGAGCGCAUCCGCUCGGAUGCGGCGACCACGGUGAUCCUCAUCUCGUUCAAGGCGGGCAGUACGGGGCUGAACCUGACGGCGUGCAGCCGGGUGAUCCUGAUGGACCUGUGGUGGAAUCCGCAGAUCGAGGAGCAGGCGUUCGACCGCGCCCACCGCCUUGGCCAGGUGCGCGACGUGACCAUCUACAAGCUCAGCAUCAAGGAUACGGUGGAGGAGCGCAUCCUCCGGCUGCAGGACAAGAAGCGCGCGCUCGCCAAGGCCGCGCUCGAGGGCAGCAAGCUCGUCAAGGGCAAUCGGCUCGAUUUCAAGGAGAUCUGGUUCUUGUUCAACGGCAACGACUAG